CUGUACCAGCUAUUGGUUACUCAGUGGGGAAAAAUGAGUGGAAGGCCCAAGUCGAGAAGGGGUGCCAGGUUCUUUAGAGGUUGUUCAGAAGAAGCCCUCGGUCGAGCGAGUAUUAAUGUUAUGCUCUCAGAGCAUGAAAACCCUGACACAAACUGGGUAAUUCGAUCAUGGAAGAUUACCAUAAGUGUGAUGUUUAUUUUGCUUUUUCUACUUGUAGGACUUCAAAAAUAUGUGUGGCUUGAAGAAACAGAUUUUCCUCAAAAUUCCAGACGAUUACAUGCUGUGAUUGCAGAAUAUGGUUCAAGGCUUUAUAAUUAUCAGGCCAAACUUCGUAUGCCUAAAGAGCAACUGGAAUUUUUAAAGAAGGAAAGCCAAACUUUGGAAAAUAACUUUCGUGAAAUUCUAUUAUUAAUUGAACAAAUAGAUGCUCUGAAGGCAUUACUUAGAGAUAUGAAGGAAGGCAUGCACAAUCACAGCUGGAAUGCCAUUGAGGACCCUGCUGAGGAAGAGAACAAAGAAGAGAUCCUCAGUGAGGAAAUGUCAAACUUGGUAAAUUAUGUACUUAAAAAGUUAAGAGAGGACCAAGUCCAGAUGGCCGAUUAUGCCCUUAAGUCUGCUGGAGCCUCCAUCAUUGAAGCUGGGACCUCUGAAAGUUAUAAAAAUGCUAAAGCAAAACUGUACUGGCAUGGGAUAGGGUUCUUAAAUUAUGAAAUGCCUCCAGAUAUUAUUCUUCAGCCAGAUGUCCAUCCUGGGAAGUGCUGGGCCUUUCCAGGUUCCCAAGGUCAUACCCUAAUCAAGCUGGCCAGGAAGAUCAUCCCAACUGCUGUUACCAUGGACCACAUCUCCGAGAAGAUCUCUCCCUCGGGAAACACCUCCAGUGCACCCAAGGAGUUUUCUGUCUAUGGUAUAUCGAAAGAAUGUGAAGGAGAAGAAAUCUUCCUAGGUCAGUUUAUAUAUAACAAAGGAGGAACCACUGUUCAAACAUUUGAACUCCAGCAUGAAGUGUCUGAAUAUUUAUUAUGUGUGAAACUGAAAAUCCUCAGCAAUUGGGGGCACCCAACAUAUACCUGUUUAUAUCGAUUCAGGGUCCACGGCAAUCCAGGAAAUCACACCUAGAACAGCUGGUGCAGAAAGUCAUGAUUAAAGGUCAAGAAUGUUCAAGUAUUCUUAUUUCCUUAGGUUAUAUAGCUCCCCAAGAUGUCAAAAAUUGGGAGUGGGUGGGAAACCUCAAAGUCAUUCAUACUUGCCAUAAAAAAAUGAAUGGAUUUUACUAAUAAAAAAAUAUGAAAGUAAAUUCAAUCUCUUUGUGAUAGUUUAGCUUUUGAGGAUGAACCAUGUUGUUAGCAUGUUGAAAAGUGAAUCUGUAGAAGAAGAUGGCAGUAUUCUGCAUGUCUCAUAAUAUCAUCUUUGCAUUCAUUUAUUAAUUCAUCCAUUUGAAGCAUGGACGUUCACCAUUAUCACUAUUAUUUACCACUGAUCUGGAGGCACUGGUCAAUGCAAUUAGAUAAGAGAAAGAAAUUAGAGGUUAAAAAUUACUGAGAAGGAAGUCUGACCAUGACUAUUUGCAGAUGAUUUGAUGAAAUCCUUAAAAUGUAAUCAAGUCAAUUGAAAAAACACUUCAAAGAGAAAUUUUGGUAAGUUAGAGAUACAAAAUUAUGACAUAUAAGUCAAUAUUGUUCAUAAAUGCAAACAGCGGCUAGUUACAGGGUUAGAGGGUUUAAUUUACAGGGGCCACAAUGAUAAAAAACAUAAAAUAAAAUAAUAAAUUAAAAUACAUGAAGAAAACUCUAAAACAGCAGUGAAUGACUAAAAGACUUAAAUGAAUGGAAGGUCUUAACUGUAAAGAUGACAAUCUCCCCUAGUUAAUUUAUAAAUUUAACUUGAUCCCAAACAAAACCAAAAAAAAAAAAAUAU